ACUUUUUUACUUUAUUAUUCCAUCUCUAUUCCUCUAACACACAGAGACACAAACAUAUACACAUACACAUACGCACACAUAUACACACCAAAGACAGAGCACAUCAUGAUCCAGGUUCAAGACCCCCAGAACAGAGCGGCGUGGAUGACAGAGCCCAAAAAAGCGACCCUCGAUAUCAAGUCAACGCCCUACACCCCACCAGGCCCUGGCCAAAUGAUCAUUCGCAAUAGUGCCCUUGGAAUCAACCCAAUUGACUGGCUCAAGCAGAUGCUAGGCGAUGGCAUCUUGGGAUACGUGAAAUACCCCAUCGUCCUUGGAGAGGACAUUGCAGGCACAGUCACGGCGGUUGGGGAGGGCGUGACUCGCUUCAAGGUUGGCGACAGGGUGCUGGCUGUUGGAGGCGCCAUCAGCAAUAAUGAUGCCACUCAGGGCGGCUUCCAGCUCUACACUAGAGUCAAUCAGUCAUUCACCACUCCUAUUCCCGACUAUAUUACUUUCGAGCAGGCCUGCGCGCUACCGUUGGCUCUGCUCACCGCAUCUCAGGGUUUGUUCGCCAAAAACCAACUCAAUCUUGAUCAGCCCACCGUCCCAGCUCGCCCUCGUCCUGAUGAUGUUGUCAUCAUUGCGGCUGGAUCAUCCGCCGUAGGGAGUUCUGCCAUUCAACUAGCAGUCUCUGCCGGCUACCAAGUCAUCUCAACAUCCUCUCCUAAAAACUUUGACUAUGUCAAAGCACUCGGCGCGUCACAGGUCUUCGACUAUAAAAGCUCCACCCUAGCCGAAGACAUCCUUGCCGCCGUCAAGGGUCGCCCGCUCUCCGGUUGUUACUCCAUUGGCAACGGCACUGCCGACAUCUUUGCCUCUGUCAUCGCCGCCCACGCACAGGACGGUUCUGCACCAACCAGCAAGCGCAUCGCUCUCGCCGAGGGAAAGCACAGCAUCGAAAAGGAUAAUAGCGCUGGGGUAGAGAUCAACUUCAUCAUCAAUGACAUCUCUCCUGAGGGUCCUGCCCGGCACGUGUUCGAGCAGUAUCUUCCCGCUGCCCUUGCACAGCGCCAAUUCGUGCCUAAGCCUGAACCUGAGGUCGUUGGCCACGGAUUGGAAAAGCUGCAGGACGCUUUUAUGAUACACAAGCAGGGCGUAUCAGCGAAGAAGAUUGUUAUUACCAUUUGAAGAGCUGGGCCUUCGGGGGUUCGGUUGUAUGAAUGGGGCAGAUUUACUCAUUGCCUUUGGCUAGAUAGUCUUUGUCGUUGAGUAUCAAUGUAAUUUUUGGAUCGAUGCGUAUAACUUUUGUUGAAUAAUGGUCACGUAUAGACUAGCUCUGGGUAGUGAUAGACUAUGAUGGAGCAUUGCAUCCUCUUGAUGACAUUUACAUAACGAUAGACUAGAACAUUAUCUUCUGGCAAGUUAGGAAGAAUUGACUGAUUGCAUGUUAGCAUUAUUCUAUUACAUGGUAGUAGUCUCUUAGGAAUAACUACAUUAUU